CAUUUUGGCCAAUAGUAAAUGCACGUUCCAUGUCCGACUUCUGCCGCUUGAUUCCUCACGAUUCGAAAUUCUUUAGGAAACAAAAAUCCACGUCCUUCGCAAUUUCAUCCUCACUCCGUUCGCACUUGUACAACUUCUCAAAUUUCUUCUCGAAACUUCAAUCAAUUCAACUCAUCCAAUUCAUACAAUCAUGUCUGUCCCAGCAUUCACCGAUAUCGCCAAGGCAUCCAAUGAUGUAUGUUUUCCCCAACUUGCGCAUGUUCACAAAAUAUUUGAAGCUAAUCUCAAUGUUAAUGGAUCAGUUGCUCAACAAAGAUUUCUACCACCUCACUGCUGCCGCGCUCGAGGUCAAGUCGAAUACUCCAAACAAUGUCGCAUUCAAAGUGACUGGAAAGAGCACCCACGACAAUGCCACAAGUGGUCUGGUACGAAUAUUUUGGGAAAGAAAUGAUUUUUGACAAACGCUGAUGGACAGUUUCUGUGCAGUUGGAGGCCAAAUUCACAGACAAGCCAACUGGUAUAUAUUUUGAGCAAUUUAUUUUACAACAUUUCCCUUUUAAUAGUCCAUAUGGUUUUGUCAUUUUCAAAGAGCCCGGUCAUGCACAGUUACUAAUCCAGUAUACCGAUGGUACAGGCUUGACUCUUACCCAAACAUGGAACACCCUCAACGCCCUCGACACCAAAAUUGAGAUCAAUGACUCCAUCGCCAAGGGUCUCAAGGCUGAGAUUCUUGGUUCUUUUGCUCCUACCACCCAAAAGAAGGGCGCAAAGGUCAACCUUCACUUCAAGCAACCAAACUUCCACGGACGCGCAUUCUUCGAUCUCCUCAAGGGCCCAACUGCCACCGUUGACGCUGUUAUCGGACAAGACGGUUUCUUGGCUGGUGCUACCGCUGGUUAUGAUGUCCAAAAGGCAGCUAUCACCAGCUACUCCGCCGCUGUUGGUUACAGUGCCCCCACUUACAGUGCUGCCAUCACUGCCGCUGAUAACUUGAGCGUUUUCUCUGCUUCAUACUACCACAAGGUCAACACCCAAGUUGAGGCUGGUGCUAAGGCUACUUGGGACUCCAAGAACACCAACUCUGUCGGUCUCGAGGUUGCCAGCAAGUACAGACUUGACCCACUCUCCUUCGCCAAGGUAAGCAAUUUGUGCAUAUUUACCCCGCCAAACUUUUACUGACGCAAAGGAAAUUUUAGGUCAAGAUCAACGACCGUGGUGUUGCUGCUGUUGCCUACAAUGUUAUUCUCAGACCUGGUGCCACUCUUGGUCUUGGUGCCUCUUUCGAUACCCAAAAGCUUGACCAAGCUACCCACAAGAUCGGUACCAGCUUCACAUUCGAGUCAUAGAGCAGGAUUGUUUGAGAUUUGAGACAUUGCCCGUACCAAUAGUAGAAUAGAGGUGUACUUCUGAUAUCCUUUUCUGUGACACACACAGUAUUAGCAUUGCAGCGGGGUGACUUUCUGUAAUAUAA